AAUACGGACUAAUAAUAAUAUGUACAGCUUCCCCUCCUCCCUCCCUCUCUCCUCUCUCUCUUCUCUCUCUUCACUCUCUCUCAUUCUCAUCCGCCCUCUUCAUCUGUAUCCUGUAUUCGUUCCUCCUCGUCCUCCUUCCCUGCUUCCUCGAGCCUGAGCCUCCUGCCUUUUCUUCUACGCAAAACAAUUAAUUCGCUUUACCACCCCCCCCCUUCACCGCCAAGUCCCCUCCCUUAUCUAUCGGGCGCUCCUUCCUUCAAACUUCUACCCUCAAUCAAAUCAAUUGCAUAGACCCCAUCGCCUUCUUUGCUGUCUCGAUUCUGGCCCUCUACUUUGAACACAGCUAGCAAACAUGUGUGGUAUCUUUGGCUACAUUAACUAUCUUGUUGAGAAGGAUCGCAAGCAUAUUUUGAACACUCUGGUCAAUGGCCUCUCUAGGCUAGAGUACCGUGGUUACGAUUCCGCUGGUCUCGCCGUCGAUGGCGACAAGAAAAAUGAAGUUCUUGCCUUCAAGGAGGUCGGAAAGGUCGCUAAGCUUAAAGAAUUGAUCGGCGAUUCAAACGUGAAUUUGGAAAAGACCUUCGAUUCCCAUGCUGGAAUUGCUCAUACCCGCUGGGCGACUCACGGCCCACCAUCCCGCUUGAACUGCCAUCCACACAGGUCUGACCCAAAGUGGGAAUUCUCCGUCGUUCACAAUGGUAUUAUCACCAACUAUAAGGAGCUGAAGGCUCUCCUGGAAAGCAAGGGUUUCCGCUUCGAGACCGAGACCGAUACUGAAUGCAUCGCUAAACUCGCAAAGUACCUCUAUGACCAACAUCCCGACAUCGAUUUCACCGUCUUAGCCAAAGCAGUGAUCAAAGAGCUCGAAGGUGCCUUUGGGCUUCUCAUGAAAUCUGUGCAUUACCCGCAUGAGGUUAUUGCCGCUCGCAAGGGUUCUCCCUUGGUCAUCGGUGUCCGCACUUCCAAGAAGAUGAAGGUCGACUUUGUGGAUGUUGAGUACUCGGAAGACGGUGCUCUUCCCGCCGAACAAGCGUCUCAAAACGUUGCCAUCAAGAAUUCGGCUGCUAGCCUUCUUGCACCCCCAGACAAGUCCCUUUUGCAUCGCUCGCAAUCUCGAGCUUUCCUCUCCGAUGACGGAAUUCCUCAACCAGCCGAAUUUUUCCUCUCCUCCGACCCGUCCGCCAUCGUGGAACACACGAAGAAGGUUCUGUACCUUGAGGAUGAUGAUAUCGCUCACAUCCAUGAGGGACAGCUCAAUAUUCACCGCCUCACUAAGGACGAUGGUACCUCCAAUGUCCGUGCUAUCCAGACCAUCGAAUUGGAGCUUCAAGAAAUCAUGAAAGGCAAAUUCGACCAUUACAUGCAAAAGGAAAUCUUUGAGCAGCCAGAAUCUGUUGUCAAUACUAUGCGUGGUCGCUUGGAUGUUGAAAAUAAGAAGGUAACCCUUGGUGGUCUUCGGCAGUACAUUUCUACAAUUCGUCGCUGCCGACGUAUCAUUUUUAUUGCUUGCGGAACUAGCUACCACUCUUGCAUGGCUGUUCGUGGUGUCUUUGAAGAACUCACCGAAAUUCCAAUCGCCGUCGAACUUGCUUCUGAUUUUCUAGACCGACAAGCUCCAGUUUUCCGUGACGAUACUUGUGUGUUUGUUUCGCAGUCCGGUGAAACCGCCGAUUCCCUUAUGGCACUCCGUUACUGCCUUGAACGUGGUGCUCUGACUGUCGGCAUAGUCAACGUUGUUGGGUCUUCAAUCUCACUGCUUACACACUGUGGUGUCCACAUCAAUGCUGGCCCUGAAAUUGGUGUUGCUUCCACCAAAGCUUACACCUCCCAAUUCGUUGCUAUGGUCAUGUUCGCCCUUUCCUUGAGCGAGGACCGUGCUUCUAAGCAAAAGCGACGCGAGGAAAUCAUGGUUUGCCUUUCGAAAAUCUCCGAUCAGUUCCGUGAGAUUCUCAAGCUUAACGAACCUAUUAAGGAAAUGUGUGCCAAAUUCUUCAAGAACCAAAAGAGUUUGUUGCUUCUUGGUCGUGGCAGCCAGUAUUCUACUGCCUUGGAAGGUGCUCUGAAAAUCAAGGAGAUUUCUUAUCUGCAUUGCGAGGCAGUCAUGUCCGGUGAAUUGAAACACGGUGUUCUUGCACUGGUUGAUGAAAACCUCCCCAUCAUUAUGAUCCUCACACGUGACAACAUCUUUGCGAAAUCCCUUAAUGCCUACCAGCAAGGUGAGAUCCCCUACUCUAUGCAGAUAUUGGGUCCAGAAGCAGUCCUAACGAGUCGAGUAGUCAUUGCCCGCGGUGGUCGUCCUAUCGUUAUCUGCAAUACCGAUGACGAAGAGUUCCCUGCAUCCCAGACCGAGAGAAUCGCGGUCCCAAAGACUGUGGAUUGCUUGCAGGGUCUCUUGAAUGUCAUUCCAUUGCAGCUGAUUGCCUAUUGGCUUGCCGUUGCAGAAGGGUUGAAUGUUGACUUUCCUCGUAACCUCGCCAAGUCGGUGACAGUCGAGUAAUUGUAUGAGGAUGGAUAACGUAAAAGCAUGACGGUACGAUAGGCAGUUGACAUUAAUAUUGCGUUUUGUUUUAAAUCCCGGUGACAACUUGUAGUAGUCUGCACUUUUUUU